AUGUCGCCAGAUAAAGGAUCGCGGGAGCGUCGUGCCUUUGCCUAUUAUUAUCAGCAUGCCGCAGAGUCCAUCGGUGGUGGGUUGGAUGUGGAAUUCUGGCGCAUUAUUGUUCCACAGGCCUGUCGCAGUGAAUCAGCUAUAUGGGAUGCUAUGAUCUCCAUUAGCUCAUUGUUUGAAUGCCCUGAUCCCUGCCCCGAUCUGACAUCUCUACGUCGCGGCAACCAACCCCAUUACCUCGGCCAAAAACACCAAGAUGCGUUAGAUUGGUAUUCCCGUGCGGUAACCACCGUUCGACGAAGUAUUGAAAGAGGCAGCGCAGACUCCUUUGUUGGAUUAAUUACUUGUGUUCUAUUCAUCUGCAUAGAAACCCUUCUGGGAGGUGCCGAGGAGGCGUUGCGUCUCUAUGGACAGGGUAUACAUCUGAUCCAUACCUUACAUGCCCAGAGCCAGUGCGGUACCGUGGCACCAGCAAAGCUAUUUCUUCUCAAAGAGACCAUCAUUCCCCUUUUUGUCCGAUUAGGGGCAGUCUCUCUACACAGCGUUUGGGCUUUGGCGAGUACGUUAGUUGACGAGUUUGGGGAUGAGUUUGCAACGAAGCAGGAAUUCGGCUCUUUGAGGUCCGCUCGCGAUGCCAUCGUCAUCCUAGCUACAGAAAUCCCACUCUUCGAAAGCAGGUGCGAAGAUUACCUCAAAAAGUUUCACGCUUGGCAUAUACCAGAAGAGAUGAUGCAUCGGCAGCGAGUCCUAUCAGCCAAACUCCAGAGUUGGCAUCUAGCUUUUACAAAAUUUAUGGAGCCCGGCUUAUCUCCGUCGCAGAUUGGAACCGGCGCUCUUCUCUUCACCUACUAUGAGAUGCUGUCUGUCAUGUUGACAGUGUGCGUGUCAUCAUCACGAAUCACAACAGACGCUUGUUUCCACAACUUUCAAAACAUAGUGGAACAAGGCGCCGUUGCGGUGAACAGUCUUGCAAGACAAGACGGCACACUGCCGCCGUUUACCUUUGAGGUGGGCGUUGGUCUACCACUCUGGUUCACAUGUCUUAGAUGUCGCGAGCCGACGGUCCGGCGAACAGCUUUGGCCCUACUCCGUCGAACGCAUCGUUUAUAUGGUCUUUACAAGCGGGAUGAGGGCGCCGCUCUUGCUGAGACAAUCAUGAUGAUGGAGGAACGCCAAGCAAUUGAAAUGAGCAUAGCUCCAAGUAUAAUCAGUGGCCAGCUCAGUAUCCUCAACUCGACACUUACUGCAAGUCUGUCUCCUCCGCCAUCGGAGGUGGACAUCAGAGCACGAAGCCUAGUCAUUCCACAGGUGGCACGUAUUCGCCCGCAUGGUGUUUUUCGGCCACGAGACGGCUACCCUCCCGAAGCAACGGAGAAAGACAUUGCUGUGUGGAAAAGAAACGAUGAGCAACCUUUUAUGCAAUACUCGUGGAACGAAUACGAUCGAGCCAGCAACAUGUGGACAAGGGUUUACGGAUAUGUCCCCCUGGGUCCUUGA